AUGGAUCGACUCAAAGAAUUCAAACAACUGUCAUUGGUCAAAAGAGUUAUGGAUGAAUGUGAGAAAUGACUCGGAGCAAAAGAGAAAGUCCUCGCUGAUUUCAUCAUCGACUUGGCUAAGAAAUCUGAGAAUAUCCAGGAAUUUCAAGAUAAAUUAGCCGAAAAUGGGGCUGAGUUCGAGCAUAGUGUUGUGAAACUUAUAUUUGAUAAGACAACUAAGAUAUAUAACAUCUCUAAAAUGCCUAAAAAGAACUUUACUAAAGGUGGAAUGAUGAGUGCCGAGACGGAGAAAAUGGAGAAGCUAGAGACAGACAGACCUGAAGCCAGGGGAGAAAGACAAAAAGAACAGGAGAUAAUUACCCAAGUUUUACCUUCUCUCGCUAUGCCUAAUAUCAAAAAGGAAGAAAUCAACCUUGACUUAGACUUCGAUAAAGGAAAUGAUGAAGAAAAGAAGAGCGAUAGAGGUCGAAAGAGUAAACAUCAAAGAAAAUCUAGCUCUGAUAGUGAUAAACAAAGGAGAAACAAGCGGAGAUCCCCCUCAAGUUCUCACAGUAGAGGCAAAAAUCGCAGAAGAAGCAGAUAUUCUCGUUCUCAUAGCCGAGAAAGAAAGCGUAGAAGAUCAUUCAGUAGAGACCCUGAUAAGAAAGAUCGGAGGCAUGAAUCCAGAAGGAGACAUAGAAGGGAUUCUAAAUCUAGGAGUCCUUCUGACCCAAGAAGAGAUAGACACUCGCGAAGAAGAGAAAGAGACUGGAAAUAUACUGAAGAAUCUCAACCAAAAAUUGGGUCAAUAUAUCGAGGCGUUGUCAGAAAUGUUCCUGAGUAUGGAGCCUUUGUUGCACUUGAUGGUUUCAGAAGAAAGGAAGGCUUAUGCCAUGUCUCUCAAAUCAAAAUAGAAGGGAGAUUACGAAAUGCAAGUGACAUGCUGAGGAAAUUUGAUAAAGUUUUUGUCAAGGUAAUCGCCAUUAAAGAAGAUGGCAAGAUUUCCCUAAGCAUGAAAGAGGUAGAUCAAGUGACAGGAAGAGAUCUUAACCCAGCUCAUACAGAAGAACUAGUCACUGGAAAAGAACAAGAUCCUCUUGAACAGCUUCAUGAGAGAGGUCAUUAUAGAAACCCUGUUAGACCCAAAUAUGGGGAUGCUCCUUCAGGUCCUAAUAUUACAGGAAUCACUAAUGAUAUAAAUGAUACAGGUGAUGUGAAGAGGGUCAGAAGAAAUUCUAAUGAUAUGUGGGAAAUCACCAGACUCCAAGGAGGCCAGGUCAUGGACAAAGAUAAUGAUCUCCAAAUAGAUAGAACCGUCCCUGAAAAUCUUGAAGAACUUGAUGAAGAAGAUCAAGAACUUGAAAGAAACGAAGAGCAUGCUCCUUUCCUCAGAUUUUCUAAAACUAAGACAGGGAUUUCUCUUUCACCCAUUAGGAUUGCUAAAAAUCCAGAUGGAUCCUUAAACAGAGUGGCUAUGAAGCAAGGUCAAUUCUUGAGGGAGAGAAAGGCUGACAGAGAGCAAAAACUAAAAGAGUUGAAAGAAAUAGAGCAAGAAAAAUCAGGAGGCUUUGCAUCCUCUACUGGCUUCAACAACAGAGGUGGCAUCCCGGAAUGGAAGAAGAAAACUAUGGGAGAGAAGCCAGAAUAUGGUAGAAAAGUUAGCCAAUCAAUGAGAGAGCAGAAGGAAGGACUCCCUAUCUAUCAGCUCAAAGCUGAUCUUAUCCAAGCUAUCAAUGAUAACAGAAUUUUGGUUGUCAUCGGAGAAACAGGUAGUGGUAAAACAACACAGAUGACUCAAUACAUGGUUGAAAUGGGUCUUCAUAGGAGAGGAAGGAUUGGAUGCACACAGCCAAGAAGAGUAGCAGCAAUGUCAGUUGCAAAAAGAGUAUCUGAAGAAUUUGGAUGUAGAAUUGGGCAAGAAGUAGGUUACUGUAUUAGAUUUGAAGACUGCACUUCUCCCUCUACCAUCAUUAAAUACAUGACAGAUGGUAUGCUCUUGAGAGAAGCUUUGAUUGAUUCUGAACUAAAUCAGUACUCAUGUAUUAUUCUUGAUGAGGCCCAUGAAAGGACUCUUGAUACAGAUGUUUUAUUCGGAUUGUUAAAGAAAGCAAUGAGCCAAAGAGAUGAUCUAAAGCUCAUUGUAACUUCAGCUACUCUUGAUGCUGUUAAGUUUUCAGAAUAUUUCAACGAUAGUUUCAUUUUCAGAAUUCCAGGAAGAAUGUUCCCAGUUAAGGUUCUCUUUUCUAAAGCUCCUCAAAGUGAUUAUCUUGAAGACGCUCUUCAGACUGUUCAGCAGAUUCAUCUAAAUGAGCCAAGAGGAGACAUUCUAGUGUUUCUGACAGGUCAAGAAGAAAUCGAUACUGCUUGUCAAGUGUUAUAUGAAAGAAUGAAAGCUCUUGGAGAUGAUGUCCCAGAGUUGAUUCCCUUACCUGUCUACUCAGCUUUACCAUCUGAUUUACAAUCUAAAAUCUUUGAGCCAGCUCCAGAAGGAUCAAGAAAAUGUAUUGUUGCUACAAAUAUAGCAGAAGCAAGUCUUACAAUUGAUGGAAUCUUCUAUGUUGUAGAUCCUGGCUUUGCUAAAAUUAAGGUGUAUAAUCCUAAACUAGGAAUGGAUACACUCGAAAUUGCUCCAAUCUCCCAAGCUUCAGCAAACCAGAGAGCAGGAAGAGCUGGAAGAACAGGACCAGGAAAAUGAUAUCGUUUAUACACAGAGGAUCAGUUCCAUAAUGAGAUGCUCCCUUCAACUGUACCAGAAAUUCAGAGAACUAAUCUUGCAAAUACAGUCCUUGUCUUAAAAGCAAUGGGUAUCAAUGAUUUAAUUCAUUUUGAUUUUAUGGAUCCUCCUCCAAUCCAGACUUUAAUCACAGCAAUGGAGGAACUUUACAAUUUAGGAGCCUUAGAUGAUGAAGGGCUUCUCACCAAACUUGGUAGAAUAAUGGCAGAAUUUCCUCUUGCUCCACAACUAUCAAAGAUGCUUUUGACAUCUGUUGAUCUAGCUUGCUCAGAGGAAGCAAUCACUAUUGUAGCAAUGUUGUCAGUCCAGAAUAUUUUCUAUCGUCCAAGAGACAAACAGCAACAAGCCGAUCAGAAGAGGGCCAAAUUUUUCCAACCUGAUGGAGACCAUCUCACAAUGCUGUGUGUCUAUGACAUGUGGAAGCAACAAAACUAUAGCACAGAAUGGUGCUUUGAUAAUUUUAUCCAAGCAAGAGGACUCAAGAGAGCCCAAGAUGUUAGAAAACAGCUCAUCAGUAUUAUGGAAAGAUAUAAGCUUAAGGUUACCACUUGCAGAAAUGAUCAUAAAAGACUAAGAAAAGCUAUUGCAGCUGGAUUUUUCACACAUGCAGCUAAGAAAGAUCAACAAGAAGGAUAUCGUACAGUUGCUGAUAAUCAGAAUGUCUACAUUCAUCCCUCUUCAAGUCUAUUUAAUAAGAAUCCUGACUGAGUGGUUUAUCAUGAACUUGUGAUGACUUCUAAGGAAUACAUGAGAGAUGUAUGCUGCAUUGAUGCCAAAUGGCUUACAGAAGUAGCUCCUAAAUACUUCAAAACAUCAGAUAAGAACACUAUCAGCAAGCGUAAGAAACAAGAAAAGAUUGUACCUCUUCACAACAAGUACGAAGAUCCAGAUGCAUGGAGGUUGAGUAGAAGAAAAUUGGAAUAA